UUUGUUAGUACGACGAAUUAACCCCAUACGAUAGCCGGAUCCGACAUAACUAUGGUGACUGUACAAUUCCCAGCGACGCUGACGGAGAAGUGUUUUCACGCAUGUUUAUGUUAGUUAGUUAGAUUAAAAAAAACGUCAAACGGGAUUUCCGGUUGUAAUGUAAUGUAAUGUAAUGAGGCGUGCUAGCAGGUUAGCUGUGGAGUUUUACCGGCUCCGUUAGCUUAGCUCGUUAGCUGGCAAGCUAGCGGGCUGGCGUAGCUGCGGCGUAACCGAGGAGCCGUGCAGCGUGUUCGGGUGGUUUUUCCAAACAUUGCCCAAAUGUUCACGUUAGCGCCGACUGGCACGGCGUCCCGUGAAGCGGUGGGCGGCGUUUACCGGUGAGGUGGCAGACGACGGGGUGGCGGCGAGAUCGGGUUGCUCGCGUAGUUAUGAGCGGUUUCAACGUUUCAGCCCAAAGCUCCACGUUAAGCUCGGCUUUGCUCGCCGACGGUAAAGGGUCGCCGGGCGGCAUAAACGCCACCAACAACAACGACUGGGACUUCCCGAACCCCAAUGUGUUUUCCUACUGUCAAGUGAUGAUGGACGAGACGAUGCAGCCGGGUAUGUCGUCCGUCCAGGCGGGGCUGGACGGACACCUGCCGCUCCUCCACGGCCCCCAGGGCGGGCUGCUGCUGGACCUGGCGUCGCCCGACGCGUACCUCCGCGACGGCUCUCUGGAGUUCGGCGACAGCGACGCGAACGGCGCCGGGCCGCUGUUCGAGAGGAGGAAGCGGUCGCGGUCCAACAGCUCCAGGCACCGCUUCAACGAGGUGGUCACGGAGCUCGGUCCGGAGGAGGUCCGGUGGUUCUACAAGGAGGACAAGAAGACGUGGAAGCCGUUCGUGGGCCACGACUCGCUGAAAGUCGAGCAGAUGUUUCGGAAAUACUACGAGGCGAACCCUGCGGCAGAAUGCGAGGACGCGGCGGGGGGCGAUGGGCUGAAUGGUGCAGUGAGGACCAGCGGCGUGCACGGGGACUCCCUGGACACGUCCACGGUGUCGGAUGAGAGGGACCCGGAGAGCUCCGAUGUCUGCGCGGAGCCCGUCUGCGUCCGAGGAGGGCUGUACGAGGUGGACAUCACGGAGAGGAAAUGCUACCCUGUCUACUGGAAACAGCAAGACCACAUUCCAGUGAUGAGAGGCCAGUGGUUCAUUGAUGGCAGCUGGCUCCCGUUAGAGGAAGACGAGAGUGACCUCAUCGAGCAGGAGCACCUGAACCAUUUUCGUGGGCAGCAGAUGCAGGACACGCUCGAGACGGAUUUGGUCGUCAAGACCGUCGACAGCAAAGAUGUUCUCUCCCACCUGCCCCCUUUCUACCUACCUUUUCUGUUCAAAUGGAGCGGAUAUCAGACCAGCGCUAAAGCUACAUGUCACAAGCGCAAACGCUGCCAAGCCAUCCACAGUCGAAAGCUCAGUCGGACCCAUGUGGACUGGCACAGCGUGGAUGAGGUUUACCUCUACAGUGAUGCCACCACUUCUAAAAUUGCACGAACCGUCACCCAGAAACUGGGCUUCUCUAAAGCCUCCAGCAGUGGUACACGGCUCCAUCGAGGUUUUGUUGAAGAGGCCUCGCCUGAGGAUAGACCCCCUCAGACCACACACAUUGUGUUUGUGGUCCAUGGGAUCGGACAGAAGAUGGACCAGGGGCGCAUUAUUAAAAACACUGGAAUGCUGAGGGAGGGCGUGAGGAAGAUGGAGGAAAAGCACUUUUCAGAGCACAAUGACGAGCAUGUGGAGUUCCUGCCGGUUGAGUGGCGCUCCAAGCUCACACUGGACGGAGACACGGUAGACUCCAUCACACCAGAUAAAGUAAGAGGACUUCGAGAUCUCCUCAACAGCAGUGCUAUGGACAUCAUGUACUACAACAGCCCUCUUUACAGGGACGAGAUUACCAAGGGCCUUACACAGGAGCUAAACAGACUAUACACACUAUUCUGCUCCCGGAAUCCAGAGUUUGAGCAGACGGGAGGCAAAGUGUCCAUAGUGGCUCACUCUCUUGGCUGCGUUAUCGCUUACGACAUCAUGACAGGAUGGGACCCCGUUCGAUUCUGCCUGCAGGAGCAUCACGACGUGGAAGAGGAGCUGGACUUGCACUGGAUGUCCUACGAAGAGCAGCACCUGCUGGAGCAGCAGCGGGUCACAAGAAAUAGAUUACGUGAACUGGAAAAUCAGCUGCUCGCACUGGAGGCCUCUAAACCUUCUGCACCCCCAGCCCUUAAAUUUAAGGUGGAGAACUUCUUCUGCAUGGGUUCUCCUCUGGCCGUCUUUUUGGCCCUAAGAGGCAUCCGUCCUGGUACCAGUUGCCACCAGGACCACAUCCUGCCCACCUCUAUAUGCAGGCGGCUCUUUAAUGUCUUUCAUCCUACAGACCCUGUGGCCUAUAGGUUGGAGCCCCUUAUCCUCAAGCAUUACAGCAAUAUUGCACCUGUUCAGAUACAUUGGUGUAGUGCCAUUAACCCCACACCCUAUGAUGAGAUUCAGCCGACCUUUCUGAAUCUGGUCAAAGACCCGACGUCAGACAGCGAGAGCAUCCCCAGCCCGAGCACGUCUCCUGUGCUUCCCCGCAGACACUAUGGCGAGUCCAUCACCAGCCUGGGCAAGGCCAGCAUACUGGGAGCUGCGAGCAUUGGGAAGGGCAUUGGAGGCAUCCUCUUCUCAAGGUUUUCCCGCUCCAACAGCCAGCCCUCAGUGUCUUUAGGGCUGGAGGGGAGCGCAAACGCUGAGGAGGAGGAGCAGAAGACAUCGGAAAGCCACUCAGCGUAUGGUCUCUCAACCAUGGCCCGACCCACCUCGCCCACCGCAGACACACUGCUGGAGCUUGAGCGGCGCGUUGACUUUGAGCUGCGAGAGGGACUAGUGGAGAGUCGCUAUUGGUCAGCGGUGACCUCGCACACAGGAUAUUGGUGCUCCCACGACAUAGCGCUCUUCCUGCUGACCUUCAUAUACAAGCAGAAGAUGACGCCCUCCGACCCGGCAGAAGAAAUCGUCGAGCCAGACUGAAGCAGCACAUUCAUUACAACGCACACGCUUGAUCGGCGUCUGAUAAAGGGUCGCGUCAUCUUCUCAAGAUGUCAUUUAUUUUUUAUGCACACAAUCUGCUCAAAUACUCUUGCAAUCUUAUUUUUUUUGCAGUUUUCCUGUGAUUUAAAUCUUUCAGACAUAUAGCUGAUACUGAUAAACUGCUGUCAACUCAAGAUGUGUAUAUUUUCUCUAUUUUAUAGUUUGUACACAAUCAUUCACCCUAAGGGUGACAGCGUUGGACCAGGACCCCUAAGGAGGUCUACCAUUUGCCAGUAUGACUACAAAGUACCUGUAAAUUAUUAGUCUUGUGGUUUUUAGAUUUGAAAUCUAGACGAAUCGAGGUGUAACGUCCCCCAGUCCCGAACCUUUUCUCAAAUCAAAGCCGCCACCACUUGCUUGACCAUCAGUCGCUGAGGCUUGAACCUCUGGGUCUGAUAUUUUUCUGUUAACUGAAUGAGAAACCUAACAACCCACUAGUAUCGGUUUGUUUUUAGUUGUGUUUUUGUGUUUCUUUUACUAAUGGAGACAACAGUUACAGAUCAACACCAGACUGAUAUCUUUACUUUUCACUGUCACAUUUAUGUACAGAUGUUUACAACUAUGGAGGUGGUGGUUAUGAGGCCUGUCUUUGCUUCUACGCUGAGUCAUGGGGAACAUUUACCUUUAUAUUCAUAUCCAGAUGAAGUCCGUGGUACUAGAGGUAUUUUUCUGAAGUUAAAAAGUUAAACAGACCUAUUUUUCCUAGGUAUUUUCAAGUGUUGUGUGGCGUAAACCUGGAUCUCAGCCCAGACAAGUUGAACUCCACCUACAUACAGUAGCCAAAAUCUUGUAUGUGUCUAGCUUGUUAGCUGCUAAGCUUUAUUAUUGCAUAGGCAAAUCCCUGUCAAAGAAAUGUAAUAGGCCUUGGGACAAAAGUAGAUUUGUUGUUCUGAUGUUUAUGUAAUAUAUUGCAUAGCGUAUUAUAUCUUGUUUGCCUUUUUAGGGGGAUUUGUGGCUACUUCACACUUUCCCCUUAGGAGCAGUGGACAUGCUUGUCAUUUUGUCUACGUGCUUAUUUUCCAGUCACUAUUUGUGUACUGUAGUUACCUAAUUAAUGGUACAAACCUUAAUCCAAAUGGAAAAAGCUCAACUAAUUCUGCUGUAUAUUAUUUGGGGUUUCUUAAAAUACCUUUUGAAUGAUUCUUGCCUUAGGUUUGUUGGAAUGAAAGGAACUUUUUCUAAUGCCGUGACAAAGCAAUAAUUAUGCAGAAACCGGACGUCUGGCUCACUUUGCAUGUUCUCUGUUAAUAGCAAGUGGAUGUUUGAACAACAGGGUGUUGCAGAGUGCCAACACACAAGUAACUUCAUCAUUCUUACUAUGUAGAAGAAAACAAACCCUCAUGAUGUUUAUGAAUUUCAAAAGACACGUGCAGCAGAUGAGAACCUGGAACUUCCCCUUAGAUUUGUGUUACAUGUGACGGACUCGAAUGCUGUCGCUGUCAAAGAGCUUGUUUUUUUUUUUUUGACUUUGAGCAAACUGCUGCUUUUACUGUUCCACACAAUCAAGGGCUGUAAGAGGUCCCCUGCUGAAUGGAAGCAGUGUAGUUUGAAGUCCUACUUGCUCAAGCGCCGCUGCCUUUUCAGAAGUGUUUCCACAUUUAAUCUGGUAGAUUUCACACAUUCACCUGCCAUGAGUUUUACGGAUGCUACGUAGAGAACGUCCCACGGUCAAUUUGGUUUAUUCCUUUUUGCUGAGCAUGUUUCACACUUCAGCAGUAGAAAGCAGUUUUAACAUUACGCGGACAACAGGCAUGUAAUGCAGAUAUCUAUUUAAUAACACGUCCACUGUGCUUGAUUCACACGGAUAUUUGUCACCAUGUUUGCUCUGCUUGCUAAGAAACUGAGCUGUAGAGAAUCUGAACCUCGUCAGCACACAUUACACUUACUUGAGCAUUUAUGCACAGCAUUUUGAAUGAUGUCACAUUAUGAAAAUAGCAUAUAUUUCUGUUUUGUACAUAAAACACUGUCUAGGCCAUUACUGAGUGAACGAUUCCGGUGCUGUUGCAGGUGUGUGGCCAGUCUGUUAAAUGUUCCGAGGUUAAUGCAGGGCAGCCUCCAGAAAUAUGUAACCAGCACAAGAAACAGAAAUACUUUGGAUGUAUUGAAUGAAAUGUGUUAAAUUUGUGUCAGGCUCCACUGUUGCGCUAACUUUGAUACCUGGGAAAGCGUUUCUUUGUCUGUCCUCAGAGCUGUGCAAUAACCCAUGCCUGUAAUGGAUUCUAACUGCCAUCCAAAGCCAUGUAUUUAUUUCAUUUGAUUAAAGCAUUUCUUUUUUUUUAAUACCA